AUCUUCUGAACAACCACAUUAUAUAUAUCUUGUCAUGGAGAUGAGUUAAUUAACUUCAUCUUGUAAUAAUUUGUAAGUUUUCGAUAAGUGUCAAAAUAAGGGCGGUUUGAAAUCUCAAAUGGAGUAUCCUAUUAAAAGAGUUAAUGACAAAUCAUUGAGAUGCCUUAUUGAAAAUUACCAGAUUACUGUUCUAAAACCAUGCCGAAGAGGAAAGAAACUGCUAGUUCUUGAUAUAGACCACACUCUAUCUGAUCACACAACGUCAGAAGACCCCAUGAGACCAUAUCUUCAUGAAUUUCUCUCGGCCAUUUACUCAAAGUAUGAUAUCAUUAUCUGGUCCGCAUCCAGAAUGAAGAAGAUUAAGUCCAAAUUAGAACAACUUGGAAUUAUUAAUAGUCCCAACUAUAAUAUAGUCACACUUUUUGAUCGUACAGCGAUGUUGAAGACUAGCAACAUAAUAAAAGAUCAUGACAAUGGCAUGUCAUUUAUUACUUGUAAGCCCUUACAUCUGAUUUGGGCCAAAUUUCCAGAGUUUUACAAUCCGAGAAACACUAUAAUGGUGGAUGAUAUGGAGAAGAACUUUAAAAUGAAUCCACAGAAUGGUCUGACCAUAAAGGCAUUCUGGAAGCACAACUAUGCUAAUGAUGAGGAACUCCUUAAACUUGCCCAAUAUUUGCUUGCCAUUUCUGAACUUGAUGACUUAAGUUCCCUCGAUCACAAAUGUUGGGAGAUAUAUUUUACGAAUGUUACAGAAAAAGAACAUAUUUCUCCAUCUUAUGCCAAGACCUGCCCCACAUGUUUUUCUACUACUGCUAAUAAUAAAAUAGGUAGAAUUUUGAAAAAAUUCUAUACAAAAGUUUUUCUAUGUUUCCCUUGGUUUAUUGUAAAUUUAUGUCCUUGCAUCAUCACAAAAGAGAGCUAAUGAAACUCCCUACAUUUAUGUUUCCCUUGGUUUUUCUAUAUGACUCCAUUAUUGAUAUUAAAAAGAGUUACUAUUACAUGGCGUCUCAUAAAACUCCCUACAUAGAGUUUCGAACUCGAGACAGGUCGUAUGGGAGAAUGAGUUGGUGACCAGUUGAACCGGUUCUAUAAUGAGAAGGUUGAGAGAAGAUGACGAGCACUUUGUCAAGGCGUAUUGUAAAAUGAAGAAGUAAGAGGUGCACACCUCCUUUGUGCAAAAUCAGAAAAUCGGGGAGGCCGAAGAGAAAGAGAAUCUCUUCUACUGUAGAAAUUGAGUCAAGAUGGAACUGCGAAAGGUGCAUACAACAUGGACAUAACGAGAAAACUUGUAAUAAUCUGAUACCUUUAUAGAUGGUUGAGAGGCAUGUUUUUAUGUUGUUUAUAAGUAUUAAGGGGAUUGACAAAUAAAUAGUGCAGGAGUUGCAUGUGAUAAAUACACAUAUGACGUCUGAAUUUCUUUAUGUUCUAUAGAUUAUUUAUGUAUUCAGCUAGUUGCUAUAAAUUAUUGUGAUAUGGCUAA